AUGGAACGGGACUCACUCUGCUUUCUUCAUCCUUUCCUCACUCAGUUUCUCGCUGCUCUUGUUUCUUCUUCUUCGUCUUGGUCUUCGUCGUUCGAUCUUGCCUUGAUUGAUAUCAAGAGUCAUUAUCUUGAGGGAGGGAUCUAUGAGUUGAGAGAAACAAUAAUGAAAGCAAACACAACACACAUAAUACCACCACCAGUUUUUGAUGGUGACGAGUACGACCUAUGGAUUGCAAGGAUGAUUACUCAUCUUGAAGCACUAGAUCUUUGGGAACCGAUAGAAGAAGAUUAUACAGUUUGGCCACUGCCUCAAAAUCCUAUAGUGGCUCAGCUGAAGAAUCACAAAGAGAGGAAGAUAAGAAUGGUCAAGGCCAAAAGCAUGAAAGAGACAAAAACUAUCAAAAGUUAUGUUGACAAACUGUUGAGCAUUGCAAACAAGGUACGUCUCCUCGGUAAGGAUUUUCCUAACGAAAGGACAGUGCAAAAAAUACUUGUUACCGUACCUGAAAAAUAUGAAUCUAAAAUAUUAGCAUUAAAGGAGUCAAAAGACUUGUCAAAUAUCACCCUUGGACAAUUAGUAAAUGCUUUACAGGCACAGGAACAGAGGAGAAUGAUGAGACAUGAGGAGGCAGUACAAGGUGCUUUUCAUAUAAAAGCACAAAACUCAAGAGGAGACAAAGAUAAGAAGAACAACAAAUGGAAUAACAAGAAACCAGCUGAAAGCUCCAACAAGCAACAAAAUGAUACUUUUCUUCCUUGUCCACACUGCAAAAAAACAAACCACUAUAAAAAAAAAUGUUGGUGGAGGCCUUACAUCAAGUGCAGAAAAUGUGGUAAGCUGGGGCAUGUAAAGCAGAUUUGCAAGUCACUGGAGGAGGCAAGGGUGUCCAUGGAGCAACAAGAAGAAGAGCAACUCUUUGUUGCAACAUGUUUUGCUACAAGCAAUAGUUCCAAUGAUUCAUGGUUAAUAGACAGCAGCUGUACAAAUCAUAUGACGAACGACCAAACGCUUUUUAAAGAGCUUGACAAAACUAUUGUUUCCAAAGUAAAAAUUGGAAAUGGUGAUUCCAUCUCAGUCAAAGGAAAAGAAACUGUUACUAUAGAAAGUUUAACAGGUUUGAAACAUAUCUCUGAUGUCUUAUAUGUGCCUGACAUUGACUAG